CUUAAAUUUGUCCAUCCAUCCGAUCGACCUUAGGAUUGCGAUCUGGAAACAAAACUAAGAGCGAGAUGUCUAAUACAGAAUUGAAUACAAAAUUGAAAUGGAUACAAAUGAACAAUCUGUUAAAUAAGUGGCGCAAUGAAAUUAAUGUUUCGAGCAAUUUUUGGCUUGUGAAAUUGCGUGUCAUAUGAUACAGAAAAACAAGAGUAAAAAUUGUCCAUAAGGAUCGUAUCUCGAACGCCGGAGAUCGAAACAGGUUAAAACACUAUUUUGACCGGCAGUAAACAUUUGUCAUCCAUCUGAACCGAUUUGAACAUGGCUAAUUUUGAAAAUGACGACGAUGAAUUGAAUGAAAAUAAUGUCAGUGCCGCAGGAGAGAAUUCUCAAGACUCUCAGGAUGAAAUCGAGAAUAAUAAUCGCAUGGAUGAAGAGCAAAAAGAGAAGUUGGUAAAGUUGCCGUUAGGAAGGAUAAAAAGCAUAAUAAAAAUGGACCCUGAUGUACACAUGAUCAAUCAGGAAGCUGUGUUUCUGAUUGCGAAGUCAACGGAACUUUUUAUCGAUUCACUCGCCAAAGAAUCCUAUAAAUACACAGCACAAAUGAAGAAAAAGACGAUACAGAAACGAGAUAUAGAGAGUGCAAUAAACAAUGUUGAUGCACUCGUAUUUUUGGAGGGAACACUGAAUUGAUGUUCAAUUGUCAAAUGAAAUGCUACCAAUUACAAAUGUUCAGAGAUCACGGCUCACAGUAAACAAUGACGAUGCGAGAACGUAUAUAAUAUUAGCGAAGGCGGACUAUCGUUUGUAUAUCAUUAUUCAUAUAUACAUCAAUUACACAUGGAGAAGCUACUAUUUCGACUGCAAUUGAAAUAAUUCAGUUGCGAUUGAAAGUUCAAAGCAUAACAUUAUAAAAAUCCACAUAAUAAAAUAAUAAAAAGGUUCUGCAUGUUCGUAUCCUACAAGUAGAAUCGAGUUUAUGAUAUACAAGUCCUAAAUUUCUUUCAUUGCUUUUCAGUUUCAUCGAAAUUAGAGUAAAUUCAUUAUUAUAGCUUCGGUUUGCACAUUAUGUUCAAAUACUACCGUAAUAUUAAUAAUGAGUAUUAUAUUUAGGAUAAAUUAAAGGGCCAUUUAUGCAUCAA